AUGGAGCCAGCCCCACCAGUUCACAAAAAGUCUGCGACACAGCAAACAUUUCAGUUUGGUCCCUGGACAAUCACAUCAUGCAAGUCUCACAUCCUCGAGUCUGAAGGCAGCCAUAGAGAAAAAUUUGAACGUGAGCUGGAGCUGCCUCAGUUGCCAGAGAUGGUGUUUCCUGAGAAUUUUCUCCGCAUCCACCACAAGUCAGGCUGUGGUGUAGAGUUCAACGCCCUUGAUGCUCUCCGUCUUGUAGAUGCCCACUCUGACCCCAUCAAGGUUGCAGUAUCCAGAGAGUGGCAGACAUCUAGAUCUGAUUGUGAGCAUAUUAAAAAUGUUAUCUCGCCAUUUGACUGGACUUUCACCACAGCCUACAGAGGUACCAUUUUUGAGGAAACCCCCAACACGCUCAAGGUAGAACAAACCUCAGAACGUAUUGACAUAGAGAAGCUCAAGCAGAGGGAUCCUAUCCAGUUUUAUGAUGAUGUUCUUCUGUUUGAGGAUGAGCUUUCGGACAACGGGACAUCGAUGCUGAAUGUAAAAGUUCGAGUCAUGCCGACCAGCUUCUUUGUGCUGAUGAGAUUUUUUGUCCGUGUUGACCAAGUUCUCAUUCGAGUCAAUGACACCAGAUUGUAUCAUGAGGUGAGAUUACAUGUGUCUUCUUCUUCUUCUUUUGCUCGCUUGAAAUAG